GAGGUUGCGGGCUGAGGCCGGUUAUUGAGUUGUAGCACGGGGAAGGGAACCCCAGACAGGUCUCGUUCAGGUGACAGGUGGGCGGGCAGCCCCGCUGGCCCCGUAGCAGUGCAUGGCCUCCUCGUUGCUGUCUCUAGUAUUUACCGCCUCCCAAACCCUGUCCCGGGCGGAACCAAAGAGAGGUCAGGCCAGGCUGUCCCGCCAAUCUUCGUCCUGGGGCGGUUCCCGUGAGUGGCUCACUUUUAGAAUUGACGUUAGCCACGUGUAGCUUCCAUGGCUGCGGUACAGGUCCCGGGGGAGAAAAUUAAUAUCCAGGCAGGAGAGACGAUCAAGGUCGGGGACAGGGACCUGCAGAGGAACGACUGGCCCGAGCAGGACAGGCUUCCAGAACGAUCCUGGAGACAGAACUGCGCCUCCUACGUGUUGGCCCUGAGGCCCUGGAGCUUCAGUGCCUCACUCACACCUGUGGCCCUAGGCAGUGCCUUGGCCUACAGAUCCCAGGGCGCCCUGGAUCCCAGGCUGUUGUUGGGUUGUGCAGUGGCUGUCCUGGCUGUGCACGGGGCUGGCAAUUUGGUCAACACUUACUAUGACUUUUCCAAGGGCAUUGACCACAAAAAGAGUGAUGACAGAACUCUGGUGGACAGGAUUUUGGAGCCCCAGGAUGUUGUUCGAUUUGGAGUCUUCCUCUACACCUUGGGCUGCGUCUGUGCUGCUUGCCUCUACUACCUGUCCACUCUGAAACUGGAGCACUUAGCACUCAUCUAUUUUGGAGGCCUGUCUGGCUCCUUUCUCUACACAGGAGGAAUUGGAUUCAAGUAUGUGGCACUGGGAGACCUCGUCAUCCUCAUCACUUUCGGCCCGCUGGCUGUGAUGUUUGCCUACGCUGUCCAGGUGGGAUCCUUGGCCAUCUUCCCUCUAGUCUACGCCAUCCCUCUGGCCCUCAGCACGGAGGCCAUUCUCCAUUCCAACAACACCAGGGACAUGGAAUCUGACCGGGAGGCUGGCAUUGUCACACUGGCCAUCCUCAUUGGGCCCACCUUCUCCUAUGUCCUCUACAACACGCUGCUCUUUCUGCCCUACCUAAUCUUCACCAUCCUGGCCACGCACUGCAGCAUCAGCCUGGCGCUGCCCCUCCUCACCAUCCCCAUGGCCUUCUCCCUCGAGAGGCAGUUCCGCAGCCAGGCAUUCAACAAGCUGCCCCAGAGGACUGCCAAGCUCAACCUCCUGCUGGGGCUUUUCUAUGUCUUUGGCAUCAUCCUAGCACCAGCAGGCAGCCUGCCCAGACUCUGAGGAGACCAGCAGUUCCCACCACAGCACAGAGACUGAGGAGUGCCACUGGCCUGGCGGGUGCACAGCACAGGCUGCGAACUCCAGCCCUUGUGUGUUGGGAUUAUCUUUCUAAAGAUAAUCUGCUUGUGCUUUGUGUCCCAUGUUACGGGGAACCCUGAAACCACUCUAGCGUGUGAGGAGGAAUUGGACACGCCGUCCUGUGUUAUUUAUGAUCUCCACUAGAGGGUGUUGUCAGGCCACUUUAGGAAGGAAGGUCCUUUUCCCCCCUUGUUCUAGACAGAAUGAAUGCCCUGACAAUUUGUGAAGGAGCCACAGUGACUAGGCAUGGUCCUGCCCUGUUACCUGGCACGUAGGAAAUGGUACUAAUUGGUGCCAGGUCCCAUUUGCACAGAGCACCUGUCCCCGGGAUGUGCUGCCUGCUAGCGAAGGGCCCUCAGCAGCAGCAUGUGCACCUGCUUUUGUGUGCUUGGUGGUUCAGAUGUUUCUGUCCUUCAUGUCUCCUUUCACUCUCGUCACUGUGGAGGGAAGUGUCAGAUCACCCUGCAGCAAGACAGUUAAGCCUGGGGCGGCUGAGAAAAGCACUCCGCUUUCAGUAAAACAUGGCAUGGCCGGGGGUGGGGGUGGGGAGUGAGGGCGCUGCUUCCCUCUGUAGACUCCACUAGGAUGGCAGUAAUUGUUGGGACCUGAAGUGGUAGUGGGAUGGGCAUUUAGAGCCCACAGGGCGUGUCUCCUCCCAGCUGCCUCCCCUGGUAUUCCUCUUGCCUAUCCAAGCAUUUCUGUCCCUCCAUCUGUUUCCCAGUGUCCAGACUGGGCAACAGUAACACAUGAGUCAGGGACACUUACCCCCAUCCACAGAGCCACAAGAUGGGCAAAGCAGGGGGCCUCCUGAAUGUACGAGCCAGUGGACGACAGUCCUGCCUCCACUCAGCCAGAACUAGAGGCCAUGCCAGUGAAAGAACUAUGAACAUGGUCCUUCAACUCUCUGUGCUCUGUUGCCUUGUUCAGAGUAUGGCUUCAGCGAGGUUGCAUCCAAAGGACCAAAGGUGUCUCACUCUCUUCUGUAUACUCGCUGAGUAUAACAUCUUGCAUGGAGCUACCAUACCAUCUCCAGUGUGCUUUACUCUGAUCAGCUGUACUAGAGGAUGCUGAGGCUCUCAGCCUGCAGAAAACCACCUUGAGUCAACACUGGGUCACUUCUUUGGGGAAACAUAUUUAAACAUUGCCCAGAGUUCCUCUAUAGUCAGAGUGGUUUGUCUACCAGAGAGCUGGGGUCCCUGGGCUUGGAUCAGGGUGAGAAACCUAGGGAAGGAGUGUUCUUUCCUGUUCUCCCCAGCAUGCUGGGUUUGUGGCAUCUGGUGCUUUUGAGUGUCCUGCCUAUGACCCCUGCUUGGGGCUGACCAUUGUCACCCAGAGCCUGGAGGACCAAUGAUUCUCACUGUCCAUAAGCCAGGCCUGACACGUGGCUGCCCUCAUCAGAACUGUGUCAGCUGCUACACCAAGCUCUGGUGCAGAUUUUAAAUGCCUAUUUUUAUAUCCCCAGACGCCAUAUUUGGUGCCACAUUUUGUAUGCAGACCACCAUAAUUUGUAUUAUGUCUCCUGAUUCAAUGAAGGUUUCCUGUAGAUUUGUUAAUUAAAAUUAAAAGAGAAAACCUA